UUCCGCACGACGCCAUUCGAUGCAACGCGAAGACACAACCUAUAGCGACAAUGGCAAAAAGAGUUCGAGAAAAUGGCAAUGGGGAUGCGAAAAACGCAAAGCCGAAGAUUGGUGUGGGCAAGAAGCUAAUCAUCAAUGCCUUCGUUGAGAUGUGUAGUGGCCAUCAGUCGCCAGGCUUGUGGAGACAUCCUGACGAUCAUUCGCAUGAGUUCAACGAUGUCGAGCACUGGGUAGAGCUUGCGAAGCUGCUCGAGAAAGCCAAAAUCCAUGGCAUCUUUGUGGCCGACGUGCUUGGUGGAUAUGAUGUUUACAACGGCAAUCUUGAUGCUGCAAAAAUAUCAGGAGCACAAUGGCCAGUCAACGAGCCUUUGGCUGUUGUAAGCGCAAUGGCUGCAGUGACCAAGAGCAUUGGAUUCGGUGUGACUGUUUCGACAACAUAUGAACAGCCAUAUCAUCUUGCUCGGAGGCUAUCGACUAUCGAUCAUCUUUCCAAGGGGAGACUCGGUUGGAAUAUCGUGACAAGCUAUCUUGACUCCGCCGCACGUAAUAUGGGUAUGAGAGAGCAAUUACCGCACGACGAGCGCUACGCCCAGGCUGAGGAAUACGUAAAAGUCAUGUACAAGCUCCUGGAAUCAUCUUGGAGAGAUGAUGCAGUUGUUUUGGAUCGGAAGAAGGGCGUAUAUACGGUGCCUGAUCGAGUGCGCGAGAUCAACCACGAAGGGAAGUAUUUCAGUGUGCCCGGUCCUCAUAUUUGCCAACCUAGCCCACAACGCACACCUCUGAUUCUCCAGGCGGGUGCAUCGAAAGCAGGUAAGAGCUUUGCAGCUCAGAAUGCAGAAGCAAUCUUUGUUUCCGCUCAUGCGCCGGAGGUCUGUGCAAAGAAUGUCGCAGAGAUCCGACAGAUUGCUUCAUCACAAUUCGGUCGGGAUGGAAAGAACAUCAAAUUCCUUGCUCUUGUAACUCCUAUCAUCGGUCGCACCGAAGAAGAGGCCCAGGCCAAGCUUGCAGAUUAUCGAAAAUAUGCGUCUUUGGACGGUGCGCUGGCGCUGUUUUGUGGUUGGACUGGGAUUGACCUUGGGAAGUAUGGAGACGACGAGGAACUGCGACACGUGGAGAGCAAUGCUGUGCGGUCUACUGUUGAGGGCUAUGCUCGCUUUUCCCCUGGAACCUCGAAAUGGACGAAACACACAGUUGCGGAACACGUGAGCAUCGGCGGAAAUGGACCUAUUCUUGUUGGUACACCAUCGCAGGUGGCAGAUGGACUGCAAAUUUGGAUUGACGAAGCUGACAUCGACGGUUUCAACGUGGCGUACGCGCUCUUCCCACAGUCCUUCAAGGACGUCAUUGAGUUGUUACUUCCAGAGCUCAAAAAGCGGGGGUUAUUCUGGGAUGACUACGCUGUGCCCGGUGGCACUUAUCGGGAAAAUUUCUACGCGAAGAAGGGACAGAAGGGACCGCUCGAAGAGCACGUGGCAUCGACGUAUCGCUGGAAAGCUGGAGUUGAUGCUAAAGACCAUAUUAUUCCACAGUAA